GUACCAGCAGACAGGUGUGCGCUGGUUGUGGGAGCUCCACUGCCAGCAGGCAGGGGGCAUUCUGGGAGAUGAAAUGGGACUGGGCAAAACCAUCCAAGUCAUCGGCUUCCUGGCCGGCCUGAGCUACAGCAAACUAAGGACCAGAGGCUCCAACUACAGGUACCAGGGUCUGGGUCCCACAGUGAUCGUGUGCCCAGCCACAGUCAUGCACCAGUGGGUGAAGGAGUUCCACACAUGGUGGCCCCCCUUCAGAGUGGCCGUCCUCCACGAAACCGGCUCCUACACCUACAAGAAGGAGAAGCUGAUCCCGGAGAUCGCGGCGUGCCACGGGGUGCUCAUCACCUCCUACAACGCCGUGAGGAACCUGCAGGAGGCGCUGCAGCGCUACGACUGGCACUACGUCAUCCUGGACGAGGGCCACAAGAUCAGGAACCCCAACGCAGGGGUCACCACCGCCUGCAAGCAGUUCCGGACCCCCCACCGGUUCAUCCUGUCGGGGUCCCCCAUGCAGAACAACCUGAAGGAGCUCUGGUCUCUGUUCGACUUCGUCUUCCCCGGCAAGCUGGGCACCCUGCCGGUCUUUAUGGAGCAGUUCUCCGUGCCCAUCACCAUGGGGGGCUACAGCAAUGCCUCCGCUGUUCAGGUGCAGACGGCGUACAAGUGUGCCUGCGUCCUGAGGGACACCAUCAACCCCUACCUGCUGCGGCGCAUGAAGGCCGACGUCAAGGACAACCUCUCGCUGCCCGACAAGAACGAACAGGUUCUGUUCUGCCGGCUGACGGAGGAGCAGCGCCAGGUGUACCAGGACUUCCUGGACUCCAAGGAGGUGUACCAGAUGCUGAACGGCGACAUGCAGAUCUUCUCGGGUUUGAUCUCGCUGCGGAAGAUCUGCAACCACCCGGACCUCCUGACGGGGGGGCCGCGGCUGCUGAAGAACGUCCCCGAGGACCAGCUCACCGAGGAGGAGCGCUUCGGCUUCUGGAGGCGCUCGGGGAAGCUGAUGGUGGUGGAGGCGCUGCUGCGGCUGUGGUUCAGGCAGGGCCACCGCGUGCUGCUCUUCACCCAGUCCAGACAGAUGCUGGACAUCCUGGAGGUGUUUGUGAGGGAGAACUGCUACCAGUUCGUCAAGAUGGACGGAACCACCCCCAUCGCGGCGCGGCAGCCGCUCAUCAACCGCUACAACGGGGACCGCUCCAUCUUUAUCUUCCUGUUGACCACGCGGGUCGGAGGCCUUGGCGUCAACCUCACUGGAGCCAACCGGGUCAUCAUCUACGACCCCGACUGGAACCCCAGCACCGACAUGCAGGCCCGGGAGAGAGCCUGGAGGAUAGGGCAGACUCAGCAGGUGACUGUCUAUAGGCUGUUGACUGCCGGCACCAUUGAGGAGAAAAUCUACCACAGGCAAAUCUUCAAACAGUUUUUGACCAACCGCGUCCUGAAGGACCCGAAGCAGCGGCGCUUCUUCAAGUCCAACGACGUCUACGAGCUCUUCACGCUGUCCAACCCCGACGGCGACCAGGGGACGGAGACCAGCGCCAUAUUCGCAGGCACGGGCUCGGACGUCAAGGCGCCGAUAAAACCAGAGAGGCCGAGGUCAUCGCACCGGUCGAAACACUCCAGACAUUCCCACAAACACUCCCAGGCUGACUCAAACGGCGCUGCCUCAGCCCAAAGCCCAUCCCUGACCCCCAGUGCUGCUGUAAAGGAAGAGAACACUAGCCAUAGACUCUCUCAGGGUCUUCCAAAUGGACUCGCCGACGGGGCGAACACGGCGUCCGCCUCUCCGUCGGGGUCACACUCGGACGGAGCGAACCUCAGACCACCGGUCACAGACCACCACGCCGCCACGGCUCCGCACAAACACAGCGAGAAGAGGAAGCACUGCCGCACGGACCAACGCAAACACAAGAAGAAAGGGCGUCGCGAGGCCCAGGUGGAGGGCCAGCACAUCCCCCACCUGGUGAAGAAGAGGACCUUCAGGAAGGAGGACGACCACAAGGACGACCUGAGGAGGAACGACGACUACGUGCUGGCCAAGCUCUUCAAGCAGUCAGGAAUCCACAGCGUCAUGCAACACGACAGCAUCAUCGAGGCGUCCAACCCGGACUACGUGCUGGUGGAGGCGGAGGCUAACCGCGUGGCCCGGGACGCCCUGAAGGCCCUGAAGGUGUCCCGGCAGCGCUGCCGGCCGUCCUACAACCGGCCGGCGCCCCAGCCCCCCGCCCGGAAACGCUUCGGCCAGAAGAAGAACCCGCUCCUCGCCACGGCAACCCCCGUGGCCCCGCCCAGCGCGGAGAAGUGCAAGGACGCGGCCUUCAUCAAGAGGUCCGCCCCCAAGAAGCCCGGCGAGGGGGGGGGGCACUUCAGCGGUGAGGGGGUGGAGGGGGCGGAGUCGGGCGCCACCCCUCUCUCCUCUUCCUCCCUGCUGGCUAAGAUGAGGGAGAGGAACCACGUCAGCCGUCCCUCGGCCCCCGACGACGAAGAGGAGGAGGAGGAGGGGGGAGGGGGAGGGGGCGGGGCCGGGGAGGCCGCCGGACCCCCGCCCCCCCCCACGGAGCACGACGAGCUCCUGGUGGAGCUGAGGAACUUCGUGGCGUUCCAGGCGGCGGUGGACGGCCAGGCCUCCACCCAGGAGGUGCUGGGGCACUUCACGCCGCGGCUCUCCCAGCAGCAGGCCCCGGUGUUCAGGGAGCUGCUGCGGAGCCUCUGUGACUUCCAGCGCGCCUCGGGCCAGGGGGGCAUGUGGAGGCUGAAGGAGAGCUACCGCUGAGGGGGAGAGGGCCCCCCCCCCCACGGUGCUGGGGGCUCAGGCUACAUGGCUAACGCUAGCUGGGUGGGAGCUACCGCUGAGGGGGAGAGGGCCCCCCCCCCCACGGUGCUGGGGGCUCAGGCUACAUGGCUAACGCUAGCUGGGUGGGAGCUACCGCUGAGGGGGAGAGGGCCCCCCCCCCCACGGUGCUGGGGGCUCAGGCUACAUGGCUAACGCUAGCUGGGUGGGGGGGGAACGAGCGGAUCCUGAAAUGAACAAACGGUGGCUAGGUGAACGCGGCGGGUAGCUCGUGGGCGCGGACGGCUCUCACUGUAGCUCCAGAUCACCGCACUCUGUUAGUCUGACAGCCAUUGGCUGAAGAUCGGUCACAUGGUGGAUUACCGUACUGUAUCGAUCCGAUUUUUUAACAUUUGCAAUACAUUUUUAAAUGUACAAUUCUUGAAUUGGAAGAUCAUUCUACAAUGAAGUCACAAAGAGCUUAACCUUUUCCAGUAUAUGCCAUCCGGUAUAUUUGAACAAACUGUUAUUGUCCGCCUGUUGAUAAUUGCAUAGGAGUCGAGCCUCAUCGAACUGACGUUUUCUUGGGAACAUUUUUUGGUCUUUUUUAACUGGAAGUACUUGACAAUUUUUUGUAUUGAUCUAGGACAUUGUGCUGAUGAUAUGCUUUAAGUAAUGAUUAUGUUAUACCUUUGCAGCAAAAAAGAUAAAUUGCAACAAAAACUGCCUCAUGAAUGUCUUUUGUAAUACUAUCCAUGCAAUGUGUUAUUUAUGACCAAUUUAAAAAGUUCACUGUAAGAAAAAAAUGUUUUGUACGGAUCGAUGUUGAUGGGGUUGAUACUGUAGACCCAUAAUAAAAUAAUCUACCUCCUUA